AAAGAGAUUCUUCACCUCUCUAAUUUCGUACAAUCAGAGUUACCAACCGCAAAAACCCUACGCAUAUAAUCAAUUCACACAUAGUUUCGUCACUGAAAUUUUCGAAGAAAUUCAAGGAGAAAACCGACGCGAAUCGUUGGAAUUUUGAAGAAUGAUCUAUUCCAGAAUCGGAGCUUCGCUAGCUCGUUCCUCUCGUUGCAGACAGAAUGUGGUUAACGGAGCUAGUAAGGGGAGAGCCUUCAUUUGGAACAAAGUGAGUUUGAAUGGAAAACUAGAGUUUAUGAGAGGUUUUUUAGCUGCUGCUGGAGCUAAUAAAGGAUCGAUUUCUAGGGCUUCUUUGUCAGAUUUGAAAUACAUCGCUGGAUACCCGGGAAUUUAUCGAUUUUUCUGUAGUAAACCGCCCAAGAAGAAGAAUUACGAGAAUUUUUACCCCAAUGGCAAGAAGGAGAUUCCGAAAAAGAGUGAGCAAGAGUCGGACUCCAAAGAGAAAGAGAAGAAAUCUGAGGAUGAUGGCAACACUCGGUUUAACUUCAAAUUGGAUGACCUAAGUACGCAAAAUAUGAUCAUUAUUUCGCUGGUGCUUUCGCUGCUAGUAUCGAUAGUAACGGAGCCAGCUAAAGGGAAACAGAUUAGUUUUCAAGAAUUUAAAAAUAAGCUUCUUGAACCAGGUUUGGUCGACCAUAUCGUUAUUUCGAAUAAAUCUGUCGCCAAAGUAUAUGUAAGAAGCUCACCGAAGAAUGAUAGUAGCCAUGAUUCAACGGAAGAAUCUGAUUUUAAUACUCCAGUUAGCAACACACAUCCAAGAUCAAAAUCAAAUACAUACAAAUACUACUUCAACAUUGGAAGUGUUGAAAGAUUUGAAGAAAAAUUGGAUGAAGUCCAAGAAGCAUUGGGCAUAGACCCACAUGAUUAUGUACCUGUUACUUAUGAUUCAGGAGAGAACCACCUCCUAGACUUGCUUGGUUCCCCGAUCAUCACAUUUUUGUUACUGUCAAUACUUUCUGUGAGCCGAAAAAUGCAAGGUGGAUUCGGAGUAGGUGGUGGUGGUGGAAAGGGUGGUCGGGGAAUAUUUAACAUUGGAAAAGCUCACUUUACGAAGAUGGAUAAGAAUGCAAAAAAUAAGAUUUACUUCAAGGAGGUUGCAGGUUGUGAUGAAGCAAAGCAAGAGAUUAUGGAAUUUGUUCACUUCCUAAAGAACCCAAAGAAAUACGAGGAGCUGGGGGCCAAAAUCCCUAGAGGCGCUCUAUUGGUUGGACCUCCCGGGACAGGUAAAACACUCCUAGCAAAAGCAACAGCUGGUGAAUCUGGCGUGCCUUUUCUGUCCAUAUGUGGUUCUGAUUUCAUGGAGAUGUUUGUGGGAGUUGGGCCUUCGAGAGUUAGAAGUUUGUUCCAAGAGGCAAGGGAAUGCGCACCUAGUAUCAUAUUCAUAGAUGAAAUUGAUGCAAUUGGUCGGGCGAGAGGACGUGGAAGAUCUACUGGUUCCCAUAGUGAGCGUGAAAACACUCUUAACCAGUUGCUUGUGGAAAUGGAUGGAUUUGCAACAACUUCUGGUGUGGUUGUUCUUGCUGGCACUAAUAGACCAGAUAUCUUAGACAAGGCCUUGUUGAGACCUGGUCGAUUUGAUCGCCAAAUUAGCAUAGACAAACCUGAUAUCAAGGGCCGUGAGCAAAUAUUCCAGAUCUAUCUGAAGAAGAUUAAAAUUGACAGUGAUCCCGCUCUCUUCUCUCAGAUCUCUCAGAGACUAGCAUCCCUCACUCCUGGAUUCGCAGGUGCAGAUAUUGCAAAUGUUUGUAAUGAGGCUGCUCUAAUUGCUGCCAGAUCUGAUGAACCAAAGGUCAAAAUGGAACACUUUGAUUCAGCCAUAGACAGAAUAAUCGGUGGUCUUGAGAAGAAAAAUAUGGUUGUGAGUAAAAUUGAACGCCGUACUGUAGCCUAUCACGAAUCAGGUCAUGCUGUGGCCGGCUGGUUUUUAGAACACGCAGAACCUCUGUUGAAAGUAACUAUCGUACCUCGUGGCACUGCUGCACUUGGCUUUGCACAAUAUAUUCCUAACGAGAAUCUUCUGAUGACAAAAGAGCAGCUCUUUGAUAGAACUUGCAUGACUCUUGGUGGACGUGCGGCAGAACAGGUGCUGCUGGGAAAAAUAUCAACCGGAGCUCAGAACGAUUUGGAGAAGGUGACGAAGAUGACGUAUGCGCAAGUAGCAGUGUAUGGUUUCAGCGAGAAAGUUGGUCUUCUCUCUUUCCCCAAUAGAGAUGAUGGAUUUGAGAUGACCAAACCAUAUAGCAGCAAAACAGCUAAUCUUAUAGACACUGAAGUCCGUGAAAUGGUUGCAAAGGCGUACGAGCGGACGGUUCAAUUGAUAGAGGAACGCAAGGAGGAGGUUGCCAAGAUUGCUGAGCUCUUGCUCCUGAAGGAAACUCUUCACCAGGACGACAUGGUGCGCGUGCUUGGUGAGAGGCCCUUCCAGCCGGCUGAGAGGUACAACUUCGACAGGUCCCUAGACGAAGACGGCGGGAGUAAGAAGCAGAGUACAACGGGAGGAGGAGGAGACGACGAGGGGAGUAAGGAGCAAAGUACUACGGGAGGAGGAGGAGACGGCGGUGGAGCUGCGCCUGAGGCUGUCACGAGGUAGGUAGUAGUAUUUUGAUGAUCACGAAUGGGAUUAGGUAUUUAGCAUGGAAAUAGUAGGAAUUGAAUGGACUAAUGAUGGGAGAUGAAUGAGAAUGAAUGGUUGAUUUUCGUGCUUGGUAUGCACUAGGAAUACAAUCGAUUCAUUCCAAGUUAAUGAUUGGUAGCUAUAAAUAAAACGUAGUAAUUUUUUAAAAUAAUAAA